AUGCAAGCCAUUAAAUGUGUAGUUGUCGGUGAUGGAGCUGUCGGAAAAACCUGUUUACUCAUCAGCUACACGACAAAUGCUUUUCCCGGUGAGUACGUUCCAACCGUUUUCGAUAACUACUCUGCUAACGUAAUGGUUGACCGGAAACCUGUGAACCUUGGUUUGUGGGAUACAGCCGGUCAGGAGGAUUAUGACAGACUACGACCACUCUCAUAUCCACAAACUGAUGUGUUUUUGUUGUGCUUCUCUUUGGUCAGUCGCACAUCAUUCGAGAAUGUCCGUAGUAAAUGGUAUCCGGAGAUAUCCGCCCAUGUUCCAAAUGCUCCCAUUAUUCUUGUCGGAACAAAACGGGACCUUCGAGAUAGUCCCAACGGCCUAAAAUCUACUACGUUGCCCGUAACCUAUUCGGAGGGUUGUAGAAUGGCAAGAGAAAUUAAAGCUGUGAAGUAUCUGGAAUGCUCUGCUUUAACUCAGUUUGGAUUAAAAGAUGUCUUCGACGAAGCUAUUCGAGCAGUACUCAUGCCCGAAGGAAAGAAAAAGAAACAUAGUUCAUGUGAAUUAGUUUAAUAUUGGGAUAAUAUUGCUCUAGUUGUUGUCGUGGAUGCUUCCAUAGAGUAAACAUACAAGUGGGCGAGACUGUGUGUUUGUGAGCUUAUUAUUCUGUAUAAUUAAUUUAUUUUCACAAUUACUCGUUAUCGAUCGACUGACUGGUCGCCACAUUCACCAACACGAUCCUAUACAAAUGUGUGUGUGUAGGUCGUUGUGUUUGUGGUGACACAACCAUCUUUUCUAAUUAUCCGGUUGAUAUUUACUAUUCACAACUACACACAAACAGACAAUAGAAUCUCUUAUGAUUUUGACUGUUCACUCCGUUUUCCUUCGUUUUGAAUCUCAGCCCUGAUUUUUUCGCUUGUUUUAAUUUUUGUGUUCGCACAUGAAUGACCGUGCAUAUUCUUCUCAUUAGUUUACCA